AUGGAGAACUGGAUUAGAGAAUUUGACAAAAUUUUUACCACUCUCCAAGUCUCGAAUGAGAUGAGGGUUGAUGCUGCUGCCUAUUAUCUGGUUGCGGAUGUUGAUAUUUGGUGGACUCAUAACAAGUUUGAUCUGACUACUAAGGUGACUAUGGAUGAGGAGGGAGAAGAACUCAUGGAAGAGAGAGAGUUUGGUUGGACUGAGUUCAAGAAGGCGAUUCGUGAUGAGUUCUUUCCAGCCCAUAUGAGGAAGAGGAAGAGGACGGAGUUUAAUGAUCUCGUGCAGGGAGAUAUGUCAGUUCAUGAGUUUUAUGUGAAAUUUCAGGAGUUGGCUCGUUUUACUAAGGGGUUAGUUCCUGAUAAGCAGGAGAGAGCGGUGAAAUUCGAGGAAAAGUUAGACCCCGAUCUUCAUUCUAGGAUGGGAGCUGGUGAGUAUGCCACAGUGAAGGAGGUGUACACUCAUGCUUGUAAUGCUGAGAGGAUUGAGGACAAGAGACUGGCUGCAAAGAAGUUGAAAUCCACUCCAGCAGGGUCUACUCAGGCGACUGAAAAGGGUGAUACAUCUGGUUGCACUGGUUACAACAAAGGCAGAGGGGGUUUCAAUAAAAAUCAAAACUUUGAGAACCGUGAUUCUGGUGGUAACUAUAACAAGGGAGGUUCCAAUCAGCAGUAUUCAAAGGACAACCAGAAUUCCACUCUUUUCCGUAGCCAGCCCCAAGGUCAGAUUCAGAGGACUGAUCGGAUUUUCUAUUGCAAACGUUGUAGUGAGAACCACCCUGGCAAGGAUUGUGAUGGUAAUUUGGUGGAGUGUAAUCACUGUGGGAGUAAAGGGCAUCGUGCUUAUGAAUGCUUUAACCCUAGAUCGAGGAACUUCAGGCCUGAGAUGAGUUCGAGGAAUGGGGCGCAAGCAGAUAAGAGACCCCAUAAUGGUAACAACAGUCGUCCUGCUCUUUCUACACCAGGGAAUGUUGCACCUAAUCGCAAUGGAGGGACUGCAAAUGCUACCUAG